AUUCCCACUGAGCAGACUUCGCGAGUUCGGCUUUCUCCAUCCCGACUUCUGAACCCAGCUUUUUGUCAACACCGAAAGGAGAAGACCCCAUUGUUGGAAGACGUAGACCUCAGAGUUUCGAACUUCUUCGCGAACCAGACUGUCUGAAAUGGCGGAACGGGCGCUUCAAUUGCAAAUUGCUGUGAGUGAACAUUUCCCGGCCUCUUAUUCAUUAUGCUCCAAGUACUCGGAAGCCGCGCAGUUCCUGAAUGAGCGUUUGUCACCGGAGCAGCUGACCAUGUUUAAAGACACUCCGUGGGGGCAUUUGCUGGAUGCUCCUGAGAUGCAAUUCUCAGGCCAGAUCAUCCACAUGCUGUUGUUACGCCUAGUGCGUCAACAACCAGCCGAUGAGUUGUGGUUUUGUGUGCGCGGGAAGCUCUUGAAGUUUACUUUCGCUGAUUUUGUCCGCAUAACCGGACUACCAUCUAAUGGAGAGAGGCCUGAGUUGUCCACGGAUAAAAAAAAACUCCAUUGUUAAGAAGUUUUUCAAAGGGCGGACUGAAAUUACCUAUCAGCAGUUGAAAAAUAGGAUGGAAGAGUACAAGGCUCCAAGUAAAGGUGAUCCACUACCCGGUGUUAAGCUUGCAUCUUUGUACUACACACAGUGUGUUCUGCUGUCUAGAGACAAACGGACCAAAAUAAGCCCAGAUUUUUUUAAAUGGAUUGAUGACUUUGAAAGUUUCAAGAAGUACCCCUGGGCGUUGGAAUCAUACAAUGCCACCGUGAAUCACAUGAAGUCGCUUAUGGUAGGCCAACCGAAGUUUUUCCAGGACAGCAAGAAAGACGAUCCUACGUACGACAAAAUGCGGAAUACGAUGUAUGGUUUUCCGCAUGUGUUGCAGGUUUGGGCAUACGAGAACAUACCGGACUUGGGAAAAUUAGCCGCUACAAAAGUUGGUGAAGAGGGUUGUGGAUUGCUUAACUGGAAAGCGGAACGCUAUUUUCACGCUGCAAAGCUUCAAGAAAAAGUAUUCUUUGAGGAGAGUGUGCCUGCUGACGAAGAUGGGGAUGAUUCUGUGUUGGGACAUUCGAUUGUGGUGGAAGAAUUAAAAAAACUAAGGACGUGUAUUGAAAGUUUGGACUCUCGGUUGAAAGUUGUUGAAGACAAUGUUGCUGAAAUGAAGGCGCUUGUAGUUGCACGCUUUGGAAAAUCUGAUGAAAACGCUGCUGCGAACCCCCUAUCUGGAGAGGAAGAGGUUGUUGCUGAAGGAAGGCCCCCAGUUCAUGAAGGAGGUUGUCAUACUCGUGUGAACCACAUUGUUGUAGAGGAUGAGGUUGUUGCCCAAGGAAGCCCCCCACUUGAUGAAGGACCUUCUCAUACUUCUUUGAACCCCCUAUCUGGAGAGGAUGAGGCUGUUCCCGAAGGAAGCCCCUCAUUUGAUCAAGGACAAUCUCAUACUUCUGUGAACCCUCUAUCUGGAGAGGAUGAGCCUGUUGCAAAAGGAAACCCCCCAAUCGAUCAAGCAGCUUCUCAGACUUGUGUGACCCCCCUUUGUGGAGAGGAUGAGGCCGUUGGCGAAGGAACCCACCCACUUGAUCACGUACCUUCCUAUACUGGUGUGAACUCUCUUUCUCAAGAGUGUCAUACACCCACAAACCUCAUGCUCUGCAGUUCUGAGUUAGGUGCCGAUAAAUUGCAUGAAAUAAGUGCAAAGGCCCCAUUUGAAAAUUUGGACUGGGCUGAUAUUGAUGAAGAUGGUGGGUCGGCUGCAAUAGAUGUCUUGGUGCUUGAAGACCAAUGCCGCAAAGCAAAGCUGAAAGGAAGAAAAAGAAAGUGCUCUAAGUACCAUUGUAGCCCAUUCACCGAUCCUACAAGAAAGAGGGCCAAAGUACAAAACAAGAACCGAAGCCCAACAUUUGUAGACAUACGCGAUGAUGAAUGGCUAGAGUUGAAGAAGUGGGUUGAAGAGGAUGACAACCUAGAACCAACCGUGGUUGUACUUGCUAUUACGGGCUAUAAUAAAGUGAGCCGCAAGUUUGUCCGAGAGCUGAUCGAACCGGAGGAGUGGUUGUCGAGUGAACACAUAGACGCACUUUGCUCACUCAUACAGAAGUCUAUGGUGAACAAAAAAAUUGGCCUCAUUGGUCCAUACUUUACGUAUACAAUUCUGAAUAAGGACAUUAAUGUACCUAAGCACUGGGCAGAAGACAGGUUACUUCCGCGAGUUAAUUGGUCAAGUUUUGAAAAGGUUUUAAUUCCAUUGAAUGUGGAUGGCCUACAUUGGAUCUUGACGGAAGUUGACCUUAAAGCGAAGGUGGUUAGAGUGUAUGACUCUUUGCGGAGUGCGAAAUCUAAAUCAACUGCCCAUCAUCUAUGCAUCAGACUACCUUACUUACUUAAUGUGAUAAAAUGCCCCGAAUCUGCUGCAGUUUCAGAUGAUUUCAAACCAUGGCCUGCCCAGGUUGUUCCUGAUGUACCGCAACAACGAGGGAGUUCGGAGUGCGGAGUGAUGAUGAUGGCAUUUGCGGAGCAUUUGGCAUUGGAGUAUCCUUUGACACCCGGAUGUGACUACGACAACAUGUUGGACAUGAGAAGCCAGUUUGCGGUGCGCCUAUGGCGUCUAAAGAAGACUGAUGUUUGACACCGUUUAAAUGACAUUAUUAGUGUAUUUGACAUUAUGUUUUGUACAAUAGUGUUGCGCUUUUUUGUACAAGGUUGUACACUGGAAUGCCAAACUAUAAUGCUUCCAU